GCCUCAUCUUGCGUGAUUUUGAUUUGUGGUAUCCACUAUUUAAGAAAUUAUCGUUUGCACUAUGCUUGGUUGUCAACUUGCUUAUUGCUCGCCAUGUCUUUUAUUCCACCACCGAGAGUACCGCAGCCUCAAGGAGGGGCAUCGCUCAUGAUCGCUUUCCAAUGCAAACGAAAACACAUUCUCGUCAUGGGCAACAACUCGAUCGCUGCCAGUCGCGUAUUGGCCUCCUUAGAAGCCGACGCUACAGUAACACUGGUCGGUUCGCAACAAGCGAUGUGCUCUGAACUGUUGUAUCGUAUUCAAGAGAACCAGAUCUCUUGGGGAGGUGAACGAUUAUAUCCUGAACUGCUGGCAGACAAGGAUUUAGCUUUUGUAUGCGGAUUUUCGUCCAGUUACGAAGUUAACCAAGAAAUCGUUCGUCAAUGCCGAACUCACCGAGUUCCGGUCAAUGUCACUGACAUGAACGAUCUCUGCGACUUUUUCAUGACAUCUACCUAUCGGGAUCAGUCUUUGCAAAUUGCUGUCUCCACAAACGGACAAGCUUCCAAGUUGUCCAAUCGUAUCCGUCGACAUAUUGCCGCCAAUCUUCCUUCCCAUCUAGGCGAUGCCAUCAAUCGGGUCGGCAUUCUACGAAGAAAAGUGCGCAAGACCGAUCCCAGCUCAGCCGCAAGUAGUCGAAGAAUGAAGUGGCUCGCUCAAAUCUGCGAAUACUGGAGUAUGGAACGACUAGCGCAGUUAUCGGAUCAGGACAUGGAGGAUCUGUUGCAGGACUAUCAAAACGAUGAAGGUUAUGAGAGUAUGGAAAAACUCCCUAGUCUAUGUGUACCAUCACCAGCAUCCAUUAUCAACAAAUCAGCUUCGCAGGGUACCAUAAGCUUGGUAGGAUCCGGUCCAGGAGAUCCAGGGCUUUUGACUGUGGCUGCUCAGGAAGCCAUGGAAACCGCCGAUCUCGUAUUGGCCGACAAAAUUGUUCCCGCGGAAAUUGUGGCCCUUGUCAAAUGCGAACUGAAGAUUGCUCGCAAAUUCCCAGGCAAUGCCGAUGCCGCUCAGGAAGAGUUCAAUCAGAUUGCAUUAAAGGCGCUGCGACAGGGCAAGCAUGUCGUACGAUUAAAACAAGGAGAUCCAUUCUUGUUUGGACGUGGAGGUGAAGAAGUGCUAUUUUUCCGUUCCCACGGUUACUGUCCAAAGGUGAUUCCUGGUAUUUCUUCAUCCGUCGCGGCUCCUCUCCUCGCAGGCAUUCCCUUGACGCAUCGAUCUGUGGCUUCCCAAUUCUUGGUCACCACAGGUACAGGGGCGAGAAACUCGGCAGCUCCUUUACCGGUAUACGACGAGCACCGCACGGAUGUGUUCUUGAUGGCGAUUCACCGACUAGAAGCUCUUACACAAGACCUCCUUACCAAGCAAAAAUAUCCCUCUGACUUGCCUUGUGCGAUUGUUGAACGAGCCAGUUGUGCGGAUCAGCGUAUUUUGUGGGGACAACUGGACAACAUUGUGCAAGUACUAGAAAGUGUGGGCGGAAGUCGUCCUCCAGGAUUACUGGUCGUAGGAAAAGCCAUUCACGUUUUAAAACACGACCAUUUUCAGUCCACCGGCGUGGCCAACAAUGUUAUGAGUGGGUCAGGGGACUCCCACAGUAGCAGUAUUCUACAACUACACGACCCAGAUGCCGUAUUCUAAACCUGCUCAUUCCAUCAUCAUAGCCCGUCGAAACCUUUAACUACUUAUUUCAUGUAAUAUAUCAUUUCCUCUCAUCAGUUCUUCAGUUCACAUGUAGAAAAUAAAGCUCCAAAAACCUUGUUCAAUUUAUUGCAAAGGCAA